AUGUCUGAUUUGAUCGAAGACUUGUUAAGAAAGUGGGGCCUUUCCCAAUAUAUUGAAAAAUUUAAAGAUGAGCAAGUUGACGAGCAAGCAUUUCUACACAUGCCUGAUUCGAUGAUAAAAGAAUUGAUACCUUCUGUUGGACAUCGUUUUUCUUUUCUUACAAAUCGAAAAAUAUUCCUUGAAAGUAUUAAUGAGACAUCAUCGGUUGCUAACAAUUCAAUAGUGAAUCUCAGAAAUUUACUCUCAGAAUCAGGCACCGGUAAAAAAUUAUUGACACAAACACGAUUAACUCCAUCGGAUCGCAAUAAUUUAUGUAAGAUAAUUAUUGAGAAGCUUCUUAGUAAAUCUAUAAAAAUAAAGACUGAAAAAUUUCAAGAUUGGGCUACAGAAAUUGUUAACCUUUUUAAAUACGAAAAGAUUUCUACAUAUUUCGUUCCAAGUAACGCUAAAUUGAAACGUUUUGCUCAUGGAAAACUUUGGGACAAGUAUAAUAAUGUUAAAAAGUUAAUUAUAAAACACAAAAAAGCGUGUAAAGAAGGCAAUGUUGAAAUAACUCCUGAGAAUAAUAAUGACUGUGAAGAGGCACUAAUUGCAUUACGUGCAAUUCAACCGGAAGAUAUAAAUAUUGAAAAAUUGUGGAAAGAAACAUUUACAAGAAGAAACAGAGGAACUUCGAUUAGAAAUUAUUUUGAAGAAUAUCCUAUUUUAAAAACUGCUACACUUUUGCAGAUUGAUUUUCAACUGGAAACAAAAACAGAUACGCUCACUUUCCAACAGAAAUGGCCUGACAUCGCUCCGUAUAUAAGACUUCUCGCUGAGAAAACAGAAGUAUGCCCAACAUUAUGUGAGGUGACAAAUGAUGUACCUGUUGAAACAUUAAGCCUUCUCAUGUUACCUUAUUUAUUAAAACCGAGUAAUGUGAAAACAGGCAAUAAGAAGAGGUGGAAACCAUCCAAAAUAGAAACUGCUGAAAGUUUUAUUUUUCGAGUUUCUAAUAUAGCAGAUUUGGAACCUAAACUCCAUAAACGAAAAGAAAAACUUGAAGCUUAUGGAUUGACACUUCAGCCAAUGGUGGUAGCAGUGGGUUCCAUUUUAAACUUGACAUCUUUUUACGUUAUUAUUAACGAUAUUAAAUAUACAUCAACAAGUUUAAUGAAUGCAAUUGAUUUAUGCUUUAAAAUAUUCUUUGCGCUAGAUGCAACAUAUCCAGCAGAUUCUGAAAUUGUGUGCAGAAAUCUAGCACCGUGUGCUGAUAAGACCUGGCGUCAGAUUGGCGGUAACAAACGAGCAGAUUCGACGCAUCAGACUGGCAGCACCACACAAACACGCCGUGCUGCCAGCACCUAA